AUGGGUUUUAUCUCAAAAAUUGAUAAGCCACAUGUUGUGUGUAUCCCACAUCCAGCCCAAGGCCAUAUCAACCCCAUGCUAAAUCUGGCUAAGCUUUUCCAUCACAAAGGUUUCCACGUAACUUUCGUCAUCACUGAGCGCAAUCAUCAGCUUGUGCUCAAGUCUAGAGGCCCUGACUCGUUGAAUGGCUUACUAGAUUUUAGGUUCCGAACCAUUUCCGAUGGCCGCCCAUUGUUGUCAUUGACAAGUUCUAUUGAACAUGUUCAUGCAACUUGCUCAUCCCCCUCCAAGGAUUGCUUUGCUCCUUUCUGUGAUCUUAUUUGUCAACUUAAUUCAAUGGCAGCUUCUCCUUCUAACAAUGUCCCACCAAUUAGCUGUAUCGUUGGAGAUGCUCUUUUGCCUUUCACUAUUUUGGUUGCCAAUAUGUGUAAAAUCCCUUAUGCUUUGCUUUGGACUGCCAGUACUUGUAGCUAUAUUGGUUUCUAUAAAAUUCCUCAACUCAUUAAGCAAGGCCUGGUACCACUUAAAGAUGUAAGCCAGAUAACAGAUGGAUACCUGGAAAAUACGAUAGAAUGGACCAAGAGAAUGAAAAGUAUACGUUUGAGGGACCUUCCUUCCUUUGUUAGAACAACAGAUCCAAAUGAAAAUAUGUUAAAUUUUAUGUGUGAUGUGAUGAACAGAUGUGAAGAAGCUUCUGCGGUUAUAUUUAACACAUGUGAUCCACUUGAAACUGAUGUUGUGGAUUCUCUUUCUCCUAUUCUCCAAUCUAUUUACACCAUUAGUCCACUUCACAUGCUUGCUAAACAAAUAGAUGAUGAAAAUGUAAGAGCUUUAAAUCUGUGGGCUGAGGAAUCAGAAUGCAUUGAGUGGCUUAACUCAAAGGAACCCAAUUCAGUUAUUUAUGUAAAUUUUGGUAGCAUCACAUUGAUUACAAAAGAGCAACUGACUGAAUUUGUAUGGGGAUUAGCUGAUAGUGGGAAGAUAUUGUUGUGCAUUGCGAGGCCUGAUUUAGUUAUGGGAGAUUCAGCCAUUUUGCCUCAUGAAUUUCUAACAGAAAUCAAAGACAGAAGCUUGAUAGUAAGUUGGUGUAAUCAAGAACAAGUGUUGAACCAUCCUUCAAUAGGAGGGUUUUUAACACAUUGUGGAUGGAAUUCAACUCUUGAGAGUAUAUGUGCUGGUGUUCCAAUGAUAUGUUGGCCUUUCUUUAAUGAUCAACAGACAAAUUGUCAUUAUUGUUGCAAUGUGUGGGGGACUGGAAUGGAGAUUGAUAACAAUGUGAAAAGAAAUGAAGUGGAGAAGUUAGUGAGAGAGUUAAUGGAUGGAGAAAAAGGUAAAAGAAUGAAGGACAAUGUCAUGAGAGUUUGA